GCGAGGUAGCCCGCUGCAGGCCCAGCACCAGCCGCCAGCUGCCGGCAUGUGGUCGACGCUCCUGCUGUCUGCUCUCUUCGCCUGCGCCUCCGCCGCCGCCCUCGGCGGCUCCACGGACGGUGCCGACUUCGCCCAUCAUCAGUUGGAGGUUCUGAGGCUCUUUGCCAAGAUUCAGCAGCCGGUAUUGAUCCCAGAACACGAUGAAGUGUUGAAGGCAUUUAAAUGGGAAUCCAUGAAGGACAAAUUCAAGGAUCCCACCGUGCUGGAACACUUUAUGUACCUGUACGACCAUCACGUGUUCCUGGAGAGAAACAAGGACUUCAGCAUGACGUAUAUGGCACACUUCUGGCAGAUGAAGCAGCUGUACAAAGUUCUUCAUUCUGCCACCGACUUCGAAACUUUUUGGAAGAUGGCGGUGUGGAUGCGCUACCACAUGAACGAGAGGAUGUUCGCGCACGCGCUGUACACCGUCCUGCUGCACCGCGAGGACACGCACCACAUGAUGCUGCCGCCGCCCUACGAGGUCUUCCCCGAGUACUUCGUCACCAGCGACGUCAUGCAAAUGGCCUACGACGCCCAUCUCAGAGGCCUGGAUACUAAAGAGGAUGCCCCUUACAUCAUCGAAGCCAACUACACGGGCUGGAUGGAGGCGCGAGACACGGAAUCCGUGCUGUCAUACUUCCGGGAAGACGUUGGGCUCGCUGCAUACUGGGCUUUCUUCGGAUACAAGUUCCCCUUCUGGGUGAACACCACAGAGAGCUCCCAGCCCAUGCUGCAGCACCGGGGCCGGCUCUUCUACAUCCUGAUCCGGAACCUUCUGGCUCGCUACGACAUGGAGAGAUACUCCCGAGGCAUGCCACCCGUGUGGCCGGUCGAACUGUGGGAGCCCGUUGAGGGUUACGAUCCGGAGAUCAGGCACCAAAGUGGACACGAGUUCCCGGCCCGCCCCGAGGGUCUCAAGCCCAGAAGUACUGACGUGUUGUCCAUGGAAGACCUCAUGGACUGGGAGAGGAGAAUUCGCGACGGCGUCGCCAUGUCAAUUUACCUGGACGAUAAAGUACAAAUCCAGCAACUGAAUGAGGAGAACGCAAUGAAAAUGAUUUCUCUCAUGCUCAAAGGUGGUGAAGAUUCACCGAAUAUAAAAUACUAUGGUUCCGUAUACUAUGGGCUGUUCACCAUUUUCGGACAUCUGAUGGAUCCGUAUCACAAAUACGGAAUGACGCCAACCGCUCUCGAGAUUCCGGAAACGAUGACGAGGGACCCACUGUUCUACAGAGUCUUGAAGCGCAUGUGGAAGGUAAUGGACGGAUACAAGAAUACUUUGCCGCCAUACCACAAGGAGGACCUGAUGGUACCGGGUGUAAAAAUUGAGAGCAUGAAGAUGGACAAACUCAUGACGUAUUUUGACGACUUCGAUAUUCACGUCGAUAACGCAAUCGAUGUGCAGAAGAUCGAGGAUGCUGGCAAGGUGAACGUGAUUGCGCGCCAACACAGGCUCAACCACAAACCGUUCACUUGCCUAUUGAAGAUCAGCAGCGAGAAGGAGAUGAAUGCCGUGGUGCGCCUCUUCCUGGGACCGAGUGACGGCUCCGGCAAGAUCUGGACGGGUGACGACAUGAGGCACCACUUCUACCUGCUGGACGCCUUCGAGGUGAAGCUGAAUAGUGGUGAGAACAGUAUCGUGCGCGGCUCGCGCCAAAUGUUCCUCGUUGCGGAGGAGGCAAUGGCCUUCCGCCAGAUGCUGAACAGAGUGGAGGCGUCGCUGAAAGGAGGGGAGAAGCUGUCGCCAGGGGCGGACAAGGAGAAGUACGACGGAUUCCCCCAUCGCCUGCUGCUGCCCCAGGGCCGCCGCACCGGCCUGCCGGUCACGCUGGUCGCGAUCGUGACCGACUCCAAGGGCAACGGCUGGGAGGGCCAGAGGAUCACCGACCACCGGGACCCCUUCUUCCCCAUGGACCGGAGGCUCUUCAUGUGGGAGCUCGAGACUGUGCCGAACGCGCACGUCGAGCACGUGAAUAUCUUCCAUCGCAGCAUGAAUGAGCUGAACGUCUCUGAGGAAUGAGGUUCGCUGCUCUGCCUAGCUUCACCGAACUCCAACAUCAGACAGUGAGGUUUCAAAGUAUUGCCCGACUGUUGUGAUUAUGGAGUACCGCACACCGUUUGUAUUCCGUGAUAGUAUGAGUAGAGGCAAUUAAUGAACUUGUUAAGUAACAGCUACUUUCCUAUCGUUCUCUUGUCCCUCAGUCGUAUUGUGUUGGCAGACAUUCAUAAUAAAUGAUUACAGAUGGUUAUUUGGGUGUCCCUGCAAGAUUGUUUUGUAACUUUUUAAGAAAAUAAAAAUUUUUCAACUCAA